GCUGUAGUUGAGUUGUACUAGACCUGUACGAGCUGUAGACGAGUAAAAGCCGUAGUAGUGUUACGCAUUAGACACAGUGUUCCUUGUGCAAACUAAACGAUCGGACAUAAUAUUAUUUUUCUUUUCCUUUGUAAUUCGAAAAAAAAAGGAACGUGCACGAAAUUAAUCUUAAAGAUCAAAAGAAAAAGUAUUUCGUAAAUUUUAAAUAAUCGUGUCUUCUGUAAUAAAUAUAAUUAGAAUCAUAAAAAUAAGAUAAAACAUAAGAGAGAAAAAAUGGACAUUUGUAAACGUAAAUCUGAAGAAUUUUACGAGCCUUGUCAAGAUAAUAGUUUGGGGGAUGAAAAUUCUCGCCAAGGGAAGGUUUCUACUCUUAGUGAUCUCAUCGAUGCAUUGCAUGAUGCAUUUAAGACCGACCACGUGGAUAUCGAUCAUGUUCAAGAUUUAAUGGAAUCAUAUACGAGUAAUCCAUUGGAGUGGAAGAAAUAUGCUAAGUUUGAUAGACACAGGUAUACAAGGAAUUUAGUCGACGAAGGAAAUGGAAGGUUUAAUCUUAUGGUGUUAUGUUGGGGCGAAGGUCAUGGUUCGGCCAUUCAUGAUCACGCUAACGCACACUGCGUAAUGAAAGUUCUUCAAGGAGAACUUCAGGAGACACGGUACGAGUGGCCUUCUGUCUUAGAAAACAACGAUAUGACGAAAGAAUCGGAAAACGAAUUGAAAGAAAUCGGAAGGAACACGCUCAGAUGCAACGAGAUUUGUUACAUCAAUGAUUCCUUGGGAUUGCAUAGAGUUGAAAAUUCGAGCACCAUUAACCCUUCUGUAUCGUUACACCUUUAUUCUCCACCAUUUUCCACUUGUUCUAUUUUUAAUAAACAAACUGGACGCAGAAUUGCAUCUACUGUAACUUUUUGGUCCAAAUACGGAGAGAAACGAAAUCGUCAAAUCCAGAACACAAGAGAUCCCGAGGACAAUUAAUAUAUCAAAAGUUAUUAAACAAAAUAUGGCAUGCUAUCAAUUUAAUUUUAGACAAGUUAAUAAGGCAAUUAUUUAAAUAUCAAAUAUAUUUAAAUUUAUUAUUAAAAGAUACUUUUUUGGAAUACUUAAUUAAACUUAAAUGUAUGUAUAUAUUUAAAUAAUAGUAUAGAACAAUGCAUUCUUAUAAAUAAUCAUCUUGUAUCUUAAAAUAGCAUAAAAAUUGUUAUCUUUGUAAAUCGUAAUACUUAUGAUUAUAAUAUUACGAUCUAAUACACAGUAAUGCAAAAUAAAAAUAUAGUUU